GGCGUCUUCGCUCUCCUGCUGGUGAGCGCCGCGGAAGAGGAGGCGAAGAAGGGUGUCAAAGGGAAGAGAGGUCUGGAGUUGGGAAGUCACCAGGAUUACGGACAUCAAAGUGGCGGUGGAGGAGGAUACGAAGAAUCUCAGCAUGGAGGUGAACAUGAGGAGCAUCAUAUUAAGACGGUGACCGUUUACAAGAACAUUCCGGUUCCGUAUCCGGUGGAAAAGAAGAUACCUGUUCCCGUGGAGAAACCAGUACCUUAUCCGGUGCACGUCCACGUCCCUCAACCUUAUCCCGUCGAGAAGAAGAUUCCGGUUCCGUUCAAGGUGGAGAUCAAAGUACCUGUAGCCAUACCAAAACCCUACCCGGUGGAGAAGCCCGUGCACGUCCCGAUCAGAGUUCCCGUCGAUCGUCCGUAUCCAGUCAAAGUGUUAGUUCCUCAACCUUACCCUGUAGAGAAGAAGGUUCCCGUCCCCGUUAAAGUGUACAUCCCGGCCCCGUAUCCCGUCGAAAAGAAAGUCCCGUACCCAGUAAAGAUCCCAGUUCAUGUCCCGAAACCGUACCCAGUAGAGAAGAUCAUCCCGGUUCCCGUAGAAGUGCACGUCGAUCGCCCAUACCCAGUUCACGUGCCCAAACCUUACCCAGUCCCAGUCCUCAAGAAAAUCCCAUACCACGUCGACAAACCCGUCCCUUAUCCCGUCAAAGUGCACGUCGAUCGUCCAGUCCCUUACACAGUAGAAAAACCUGCCCCAUACCCAGUAAAAGUCCCAAUCCCAGCCCCAUUCCCCGUCGAGAAAAGGGUACCAGUUCCCUACGAGAAACUCGUCCCGUAUCACGUGAAAAUCCCAUACGAUAACCCCGUUCCUUACACGGUAAUCAAGAAGGUGCCGUACGUCGUCGAGAAGAAGGUACCGUACGAGGUCAAAGUGCACGUUCCGAUCCACGAGGAAGAACACGAAGGAGGCGGAAACGAAGGAUUCGGAGGUGAGCACGAGUUCUCAGGCGGCUUCGGCGGCGGCCACGCGUCCGAACAAGAGCAGGAGGAAGAACUGUCGGCCAGCCACGAAGACUAA